AUGGGAUUCUGCUUCCUCUGCAGUGCGGUCAACUGCACUUACACCCAACUCGACAAUGAUACCAGCACUCAACGGCUGCUGUUCAGGAAGGUGAAAAAAGGCUUCACAGAGCAGGCCUGGCAACUGGCAGCUGCCCAGCAGCAGCUGGCUCACCUGAGGGCUCAAGUUACCAACGCUGCAGUUAGGAAGAGGAAGACUGUUCAGAUCGAUCCCAACACGAAGUUUGCGAACAUCAGGGAUAUCCAUCGGGCUCAAAUCGAAGCGGGUGAAAAGGAGGUUAUUACGGCUGAAUCCAGCGACUCUGAAUGCCCUAGUGAGGCUGGCAGUUGUAUUGUAGUGGGUGUGGUUGAGGAUCAAUAG